AAUAUUUCCUAGGAUAUUUCAUUUUUCUGGGAGGGGGCUGGAUGAUAACUUCCCACACUACUAACUAGAAAUUAGGAACCUAUAGUAAUCUACGCACUGUGCAGAUGUUAUGUUAUAUAUAACAUUUUUAUCACUUGUCAUAUUUUAACAUUGCAUAUCUUUAACUAUCCUUAUGUUUAUUAUCUAUUUUGUUGAUCAUUUUUCUUUAACGAUUCCUUAAUCUUUGCCUCUAUUCUCUAACCAGCUGUACCAUAUAUUCCAAAUCUAAUAGUAUUUAGUUUCUCCUCCUAUCUUUUAUUUCCAUUGUCAGCCUAUCCAUCUCACACAUUCUAGCACUUUAUCACUAUUCCACCACGAGAUAUACUUUCAUUUUUCCAAUUUUGCCCUUAAACAAUUCUGGCCGUUGUUAUUAUUAUUAUAUGUAGGCACAAUUCGUUUUCUGAGGCCCGCACACUACACCGAACCCUAAACGUAACGUUAACGGGCUUCUUGUACGAAGCCACAAAAAUGAAAAAGCUAGCUGAGCUUUGCCUGCUGCAUGAACACAUCUGCCAGACCUUCCAGCACGGGUGAAUGCAGACAGCCCUCCAUCCUAUUCUUAAAACUGCCCUUCCAUUGGUGAAUGCCCCACCAGGGAGAACUGGAAUAAGCAAGAUUUUCCCUAUUGCAGAUGGAGCUGCUGUGCAUCUUCCUGCUGGUUUGCUCCCCAAUUUGCGGCUGAUGGAAAGGUGCCCUUGGCAAGAUCAAAGCCUUCUCUUCCCCCUCUGGGCUCCGCCCCCUCUUGGUUUAGCCACGCCUCCUUCGAUCUUGCGGAGAACACCUUACCAGAGAAGGAGGAUGGGCGGGGCAGGCGCCUCUCGCCCAGACUUUUCUCUGCCAUUGGCUGCUUUUAGGCCCAACCUACCAGCUCCUCCAAUCGCAAGCCUCGAGAUUCUCCUCCGCAUUUUCCCAGCCCGCUGAGAGCGAACCUCCUUUCCCCCCCGCUCCCUUCUCCUUUGUAAGACUUUUGGCCUUUGCCGGCUGCCGUCUGGACCAAGCGUGAAUCCUCUCCGGCUGGGGGAAGAAACGAGGGAGUGCGGCUUGGCGCUCAAGGAAGGACGAAGCCCCACCUGGAAAGGGGGGAGGGGGCCCGGUGGCUUCCUUCCUCCGCAGCCGCGAUGUCCGUCCUCAGCUGGAAGCCGUUCGUCUACGGGGGAUUGGCGUCGCUCGUGGCCGAAUUCGGAACCUUCCCUGUGGAUCUCACCAAAACACGACUUCAGGUCCAAGGUCAAAGCAUUGAUUCCCGUUUCCGAGAGAUCAAAUACCGGGGCAUGUUCCAUGCCUUGUUCCGCAUCUCCAGAGAAGAAGGAAUUUUAGCAUUGUAUUCCGGCAUUGCACCGGCAUUAUUAAGACAAGCAUCUUACGGCACCAUAAAGAUUGGUAUAUACCAGAGUUUGAAACGACUUUUUGUGAAACGUUUAGAAGAUGAAACGAUAUUAAUCAAUGUCAUCUGUGGAGUGAUUUCAGGGGUGAUCUCCUCCACUAUGGCUAAUCCAACAGAUGUACUAAAGAUUCGGAUGCAAGCUCAGGGCAGCCUCUUCCAGGGAGGCAUGAUUGGAAGCUUCAUAGACAUCUACCAGCAGGAAGGCACGCGGGGCCUCUGGAGGGGUGUAGUUCCCACGGCUCAGCGAGCUGCUAUUGUGGUAGGAGUUGAGUUACCAGUCUAUGACAUCACCAAGAAACAUUUAAUACUUUCAGGACUCAUGGGGGACACAAUUCUGACACAUUUUAUUUCCAGUUUCACUUGUGGACUGGCUGGUGCCAUAGCUUCCAAUCCAGUGGACGUGGUUCGUACCCGCAUGAUGAACCAGCGGGCCAUAGUGGGAAGCGUGGAGCUGUAUAGGGGAACAAUGGACGGCCUGCUAAAGACUUGGAAAAGCGAGGGUUUCUUCGCACUUUACAAAGGCUUCUGGCCAAAUUGGUUGAGACUUGGUCCCUGGAAUAUCAUUUUUUUUAUCACCUACGAGCAGCUGAAGAGGCUCCCUUUUUAAGAUGGAUUGGUCAUCCAGCUGCCCCUCCUGUUCCCUCCAUUCCUGCAUCUUCACGUAUUAUUUUUUUUAUUUUUUUGGUCUACAUGGACUUUGUUUCACCCUCCAUGUACUGAGUGCUCAGUAUUAGGAGGGUGCUUAAGGGGGAAGGGGAGGAUGGGUCCACAAAUACAGUAUUCAGAGCCUGGUGCACGUGCUUUUCCACCCCGCAAGGGAGACGGUGGAACACGGAGUGAGAGCACUUAGGUCUGUGUUUGUAUCUUCCAUGAAGAGAGCUGUGAGUUAAAAACCCUUUUUCACUGCCAUGUGGCUUUUGCAGCAGGCAAUCCCUCUUCCCCCUCUGGCCCAUGCCAGAGGAAAGGGGAAAAGAAGGGGGCUGCUGCAGGCCUCCUUUCAUUGUCGUAUAAACCCCAUUAAACUAUUUAUUGGA